AUGACAGCAGGUAUAAAAAAAUACUAUAUUUAUUGGCGUGUUUUGUGUACCUAUUUAAAGCAUGAGCUGCAGUGUUUUAUCAGAUAUAAAGAUGCGAGACGAAGCCGACGAUCUUUAGAUGUGAUCAAGGCAUUUUUUAAGAAUUCGUCAGUGGGCGGGGGGGCGGCAUCUACAAAAAGGACCAUACUAUACCGAGUGUGGAGAAAUGAUAGAUGGUUUGUUGGUAACAAAAGGUUUAGUGUGGUAUCGCAUGUAAUAGUAGGGGAGGGGUUUCUGGAUGUAUUUUCCCCCAGAAAAUUUUUAUAUUUACUACACCUUUGACUGCAAUAUCUUGCAUUUUAUAAAACAGGUUUUUUGGAUAUACAACAUUACAUUAUGCUGUAGAUAGACUCAACUUUCAGUUAUAUAUAUACUUGCAUAGUAUGUUUAUGUAGAUACCACAACUUGGUCAAUCACAACCUCGUACCCAGGGCUAGUCGCGAAUUGAAGGCGGCGACGUAGCCCUGGUAAACGCUGGUCACGUGACUCCAACAUUACGUAAUUGUUACUUUUCUCAACCGGGGGGUGAACAGGUGAAACUCGAAGACAAACAGUUUUUAUCUCCAAAAUUCUUCAAUCUUUCCUGUGAAUUUUGCAUUUCAAGCUUUUCUCAAAGUACGGCGAUCGAUCAAAUGGAUCAAUACUUUCUGUAGAAAAAACUCAGUGAGAUUUGUUCCAAUGAGACGUUUAAAAGACUUGGAUAUGUCGCUAAAGACUAAAGACGCUCGGUCAUUGCACAGGUUUAUGGUUUAGUACUUUGUUCAGUUUGUUGCGACUUGCGAAGCAAAUGAAUGCAAAUUCAACUCUUGUAUAAUGACUAUAAGUUGGUUUGUAGAGGGACAACUUAUACUUCAAACUAGGGACAAGUUCAUGGACAUCCCUAAUAUACGGACAAUGAUAUUUCACCAAUAUGUAAAUAUGACUAUUAAAUAUAUAAAAGGAUUGCUGUUGUAUUACUUGUAUAUGUAUAUGUAUACAAGUGUUGUGCUGUGGUAUUUACGUUUUUAACCCUUUAAGUGGCAAUGGGCCAUCCAUUUAAUAUACACCCCCUCCUCCCAUGGACUAGAAUUUCUGAGGGGGUUGAAAAAGCCAUUUCUAGGGGUUGUGUGCAUCCGUAACCUUUGAUCUUUGCAUUUUUUUCUGAGGGAUAAGGCAAAAAUUUCUUAAUUUCUGGGGGUGUUGGUGUCGGCACCUUGAUAUUUUUUCUUAGGGGGGGGUGUACAUCGUCCAUAGGUGGUGUGUACAUUAAAUGGAAUGGCCCAAAGCACCCAGAUGCGCCCUACUUUGUUAGUUUACUCUGUCUAACAUCAGACAAUUUUACUCAUCAGGUGGAGAGUGCAUGGCGCCACUCAAUGGGUUAACAUAGUCGAUGAACAUGCCAAAUGAUCCUUGACCGUGGUAGUACAUUUUUGCACUUGCUAGAUGAUAUUGCAACCAAGCAUUGUUUCAGAGGAAGAGCACUGAGAUCAUGCUGUGUAGCAAUUGGAAUCUCGCAUAGAGCCUGCUCUCACAUAAAGCAGGCAAGACCUUCACCCAGAAGCUAGUCCUGAUUAAUAUUAAUUCCCAACAUAAACACUUGGAAACCAGACUGUCCCAUCUGCCACAUGCAGGACAAAAAAACAUGCAACCUGGACUUUAACUGUUAAACAACUAAAUCAGCAUGAUAAACAGUGUGAUGAUUUUUGCUUAGGGACCGCUCAUUAUUUAUUGUACAGGGGGGGACUGAGGAGAAACUCUACAGUUAUAAUAUUUUUUCGUUACCCCCCUCUUAAGACAAGUAAAAUUUUCAAAGCCCCCCCCAACAGGCAAAACAAGAACAUAAAUUUGCCCCCCCCCCCUCUAGCUCUUUAUCUUUAUUUAGAGACACAAAAACUCUAGCGGUUUAUUUUAGAGAAAGAAAAAUAGGUAAUGGGGACCAAUAGACAUUCCCAUUAUAGACUAAUUUUUUAUCUUAGCAAAAAAAGUAUAUUCCCAGGAAGGGUAUACUAAAAUUAGUAAAAUUCCAAAGUUUGGUUGCAAAAUGUUGUAAAAUAUGUAGAAAAUAUAGCCUUCCAUAUUCUUUUGUAUAAUUGCAAUUUUCACAUGCAAUACAAAAGUGUACAACAUUUGCAAACUUUGCAAGGCUAUAUUUUCCGUAUUUUGCAACAAUUUACUUAUUUUAGUAUGCUCUUUCUUUCUAGCUGUGGUGAUUUAUUUGCAUCAAGGCCGGAUUUUGAGGGAAGUGUGGAGAGGUGCGCACCUCCCCAGAGAUCGUUUUGCACCUCCCCUGAGAAUUUUUCCACCUCUCUUGAAAGGUCAUGCACUUCCCCUUGGGAAAGUUUCAAUGAUGGAACAAAGUGAAAAUGUGAUGGUUGCUUAGGAUCUACACUUUGUGACGUAAGAAAGUUUUCUCUGUAAAAUUGAAACAGUGAUAGCCAUGUCAAGCACCCUUUUAAUGCAAUGUUUUGAAAGAAACAGUGUAGCAAUUGUAAUGAAGGGCAAGAUUGGAGUUCAUAAUUCCUUAAUACACUGGUACAUAUGUACACUACAUGCAUACCUCACCUUGUUGAUAUUGGCCUGUUCUACAAUAAGCCAUAACUUUCCAUGUAAAAUUUUUGUCCACCUCCCCCACUAUUUUCACCAAAAUUCGGCCUUGAUUUGCAUCUCUUUGCCUAGUUCUAAAAUUAGUCUAUAAUGGGAAUUGUCUAUUUACAUGAACAUGAGAGACUUUUUAUUUGACUUCCAUUUAUGAAUAUUAAAGUCUAUAAAUAUUGUUAUUUGUUGUUAAGUUGUUUUGUGAUACAUUUUUAAAACUACUAAUGUUUUUUCAAACUGGUAAAUAUUUUCAAAGCCCCCCUUCUUUCGUCUCUCUGUAUUUUUUUCAAAGCCGCCCCUUUCAGGUUUUGAAAAAUUUAAAGGCCCCCCCCCAGUUUCUCCUCAAUCCCCCCUGUACAAUAAAUACUGAGCGGUCCCUAAUCGCUCUUUAAUAACCAAUGAGGUCAAUUCCACGUUUUUAAUUCAUUCAGAUACAAUUUAAUUCUCAGAUGGUAGUUUUUAUAAUACUUCUAAACGCUUUUCUGUUAUACUGGUAACAUUCUCUGAUAUGACCACGAAUUCUACGCAAUGAAUCAAUUAUUGAGCCUUCACUCAAAACGUCGAAGUUCUCCUUGUAUUUUUCAGGUAGUUGUAUCCCUAUCAACCCAAGUUUUGUUAUUAUUCCCACUACCUACACUGGCAAAGACGGUUCAAAAUAAUAUAUGCACCCUUGCACGUCCCUAACAUACUUACUUUGUGAAAUGAAUAAAUGUCUGGAGCAAUGGUAUUGUUUUUUAUGAAUCUACAGGGCCGUAGCAACCGGGGGGGGGGGCUGGGGGGGCUGCAUCCCCCUCAAUAAUUUGCUAAUAAUGCAAACUUUAUCAUUUAAUCUGUGACAAACUGCAAAGAAUGAAGAUAUUACUCAUACUCCAGAUCGUUCCUCGCGUAGAAAUUUUAGCUGAAUUUCUGUCGCGCAUUUUCAAGAAAAUCCCACAAAAUCUGCACAUUUUUGGUGAACUAAUGAUUUAUUUUGUCUUUUGCGUGUUGGGUCUUGCGAAAGAAAACUCUGAAAAUGCCAUUUCAGACCAUCUAGAGACUCCAGAUUUUCGAAAUUUUCUCAAAUGUUCUGCCUUCAUUUCCGCGCAACUGCCAUUUACGACGAAAUUUCCCGCCGCGCAUUUAUAAUACUACACUCUGGCCCAUACUUUCCUGUAAAUUUCGACAUACUAAAACGCUGUUUUCUGACUAUCAGAAUUCUGUUAAAUCUUCCCCCAAAGUCCAGGAAAUGGCAUUUUAGAGACUCUAAAUUUAAAAAUUUCCUCGGGCCUUCGGCCCUCGCUUUCAGCCCCCCCCCCAAUCGAAAAGAGCUUUCUACGGCCCUGAUCUAGAACUAUGAAUUGAAUUUUUGGUGGCUGUUUUUGCAUUAUUAAUAUGGCAUUGCUUCUGUAUAGUUUUCCUUGGUUGUGUGGAGCGUAUGGGCUGGUUGGUUGAAACAAAAAGAUCCCUCGUCCACAUUUGUACCUCACAGUUAAAAGAGGAGUGAAGAUAUCGUUUGUACGACGUGAACUUGAAGAGAAAUUCAAAUGUGACGACGCUAAGGAACACUUUGAACUCCUUCGAGAACCUGAAAGAAAACCAAAAAUUAAAUAUUUGGGUCUCCUUUUAAGUAAAUUGAGAUGUAAAUCAUCUUCUGUCUCAGCAGCACCUGGUGGUGGUGUAUUAGCUUGCAGUAACCCCAGAUGUACCAAUAAAAACCCUUUACGAGUGCCUGAAGAGAACGAGAAAGUUGAUGUACCUCAGGUCCAGGGAACUGGGACUUUAACCAUGUUUUGCGCCCUCAAUGGACAACAUUAUGCACUCACCUGCUUUCAUGUUGGUUGUGCAACUGAUGAAAACCGUUUAAACGCCGCAUUCAAUAAAGUAGAAGAUGUUCAGAAGAUGCGCAAUUCACUUCCAGCUUAUGAAAGUUAUGCAAAGAAACAGCAAAAUUAUUUUACACAAGACAAUACAGAGAACGACAAUGAGCCCAUCUUAUUUGGAGACGAUGGAACGGACUGCACGCGUCUUGGUGGUUUUGACAAUUAUCAUUUUGACAACGAAUGUGACAUUUUUGUCUCUGAAAGUUUUGGAUGGCGUUAA